AUGUCAAGCCAUAUAACUUAUUUGUCUACUCGUGGUGGAUCUUCAAACUUCUCUUUUGAGGAUGCUGUGUUGAAGGGAUUGGCCAGUGAUGGCGGUUUGUUUAUUCCAGACGAAAUUCCUCAGUUUCCUAAGAAUUGGGUCGAGGAUUGGAAGAACAAGAGCUUUCCAGAAGUUGCUUUCGAAAUUAUGUCCUUAUACGUUCCUCGGGAAGAGAUACCCGCUGAUGCCUUGAAGGACAUAAUCAAUCGCUCUUAUUCUACCUUCCGUCAUCCUGAGACUACACCAAUCAAGAAUUUGAAAAAUGGCCUUGAUGUUCUUGAACUUUUUCACGGUCCAACCUUUGCUUUCAAGGAUGUUGCCUUGCAAUUUCUUGGUAACCUUUUUGAAUUCUUUUUGACUCGUAAGAAUGGUGACAAGCCCUUAGAGGAACGUGACCAUCUUACUGUUGUUGGUGCCACUUCUGGUGAUACUGGAAGUGCUGCCAUCUAUGGUCUUCGUGGAAAGAAGGAUGUUUCCGUUUUCAUCUUAUUCCCUAAGGGACGCAUUUCUCCUAUUCAGGAGGCUCAGAUGACUAGUGUGUUGGAUAAGAAUGUCCACAACGUCAUUGUAGACGGUGUCUUCGAUGACUGCCAGGAUAUCGUCAAGCAAGUAUUUGGUGAUGUUGAAUUCAACAAAAAGCAUCACAUUGGUGCCGUGAAUUCGAUCAAUUGGGCCCGUAUCCUUUCUCAAAUUACUUACUACGUCUAUGCUUAUCUUUUGACUGUCAAGGCUGGUAAGGCUGACCACGUUCGCUUCGUUGUUCCUACCGGUAAUUUCGGCGAUAUUUUGGCUGGUUACUAUGCCAAGCGUAUGGGUGUUCCUGCUGACAAGCUUGUUAUCGCUACUAAUGAGAACGAUAUCCUCAACCGUUUCUUCAAGUCCGGUCGUUACGAAAAGGUUGACUCUAGCGUAGCUCCAGCUAAUUCUUCUGCGUCUGCCAAGGAAACCUAUUCACCUGCCAUGGAUAUCUUGGUUUCUUCAAAUUUUGAACGUUAUUUGUGGUAUUUGGCAUUGACUUGCGAAGCUCCUAACCAUACCCAUGCUGAGGCCUCUGACAUUUUGGCUAAGUGGAUGUCAGAAUUCAAACAAAAUGGCUCUGUUGCUGUUCGUCCCGAAGUUUUGGAGACUGCUCGUCGUGAUUUCAUCAGUGAGCGUGUCAGUAACGAUGAAACCAUUGCUUCCAUCAAGAAUAUUUACGACACCGAGCAGUAUGUCGUUGACCCCCAUACAGCCGUUGGUGUUGAAACUGGCUUGCGUUGCCUAAAGACAUCUCCUGAUAUUACCUAUGUUUGUCUGUCCACAGCUCAUCCUGCCAAAUUUGAUAACGCUGUAAAUCUCGCUCUCAAGUCUUUCCCUGGAUACGAUUUUAACACACAAGUGUUACCUGCUGAAUUCCACGGUCUUAUGGAUGCUGAACGUCGUUCCAUUGAAGUUGGCAAACCAAAUAUUGAACGUCUUGAACAACUUAUUGAAACCACUCUUGAUGAGGAAAAGAACUAA